UAUAAUAUAAUACUGAUCGUAUCCAUGGCAACCAACAAUCGUGUUUUGUGCAGAGUGUUUAGUUAGUUAGUGUUUGUUUAGUUCGUGAUUAGUGAAAAAAUAAUUUAUAUUUGAUAUGCCUCCUAUAAGACGAAGCAAUUUAGGUAGAAGAACCAGAAAUGCUACAAACCAAGCUAAUUACCGAUCUAAUUCACAAACGCGUGAAGCGCGAGCAAGUUUGAAUCGAGCUGCUUUUAGUUACGAUGUGUCAAUUGACUACAGUAACUACCAAUGUGUUGUUAUUGGUUCUAUGAACUCGGUUUGCUCACACUGUAAGGCAUUAAAAUACAAAAACGAAGCCAAUGGAUUGUGUUGCGCAAAUGGUAAAGUGAAAUUGAUACCAUUGGAUCCACCACCAGAACCAUUGUACUCAUUGGUUUCAGGAAUAGGAACAGAUUCUAUACACUUUUUGACAAAUAUCCAACAAUAUAACAAUUGCUUUCAAAUGACUUCAUUUGGGGCAACAAAUGUAGUUCGGGAAAAUUUUAUGCCAACUUUCAAGAUACAAGGGCAAAUAUAUCACAGAGCAGGUUCACUGUUACCAGUGUCAGAUAGCGACAACAAAUUCCUGCAAAUUUAUUUUAUGGGCAAUUCACCACAAGAAAUUGAUCUGCGUUGUGCACAUAACAAUUUAGUAAAGAGGUCUAUUGUAGAACAAUUACAAACUUUAUUUCAUCAGCACAAUCAAUUGAUUAUAUUGUUUAAAACUGCCCUGGAUCUGAUGCCAUCCGAUAAUCACAAAAUUGUAAUCAGAGCUGAUAAAACACCUGCAGGUCAACAUACAAGACGUUUUAAUGCACCAACUAUUGAUGAAGUUGCUAUCGUUGUAGUUGGAGAAAACUUGGAAUCCCGUGAUAUUGUUUUACGUCGUCGGAAUGAUCAAUUACAACGUAUAAAGGAAACACACCGCUCAUAUGAUGCACUGCAAUAUCCCAUUAUAUUUUGGCAAGGUGAAGAUGGCUACGAUUUCUCAAUAAAAAUGAUAAAUCCCAUUGCAGGUUCUGAAACCAACAAAAAAGUCAGUUCAAUGAACUAUUAUUCAUACCGCCUAAUGAUUCGGGAAAAUGAAGAUAAUCACAUAUUGAAAUGUCGGCGAUUAUAUCACAAAUAUGUUGUUGACAUGUAUGUUAAAAUUGAAACGGAAAGAUUAACAUUCAUCAGGUUGAAUCAAACCAAACUCCGAUCUGAAGAGUAUAUUCACCUUCGAGAUGCGAUUAAUACUGAUGGAAAUGCACAGAAUGUCGGUCGGAUGACUAUUCUUCCAGCAACAUACAUCGGAAGCCCUCGGCAUAUGCACGAAUAUGCUCAAGAUGCCAUGUCGUAUGUUCGUCAUUAUGGUACAGCAGAUUUGUUCAUCACAUUUACAUGCAAUCCGCAAUGGAUAGAAAUCAAUCAGGAGUUAUUCUCUGGGCAAUCACCCAUUGAUCGUCAUGAUAUUACAGCCAGAGUCUUUAGACAAAAGUUGAAAUCUUUAAUGGAUUUCAUCGUAAAACAUAAUGUGUUUGGUGAGACACGCUGCUGGAUGUAUUCUGUGGAGUGGCAGAAACGAGGAUUGCCACAUGCACACAUUUUGAUUUGGUUGGUUGAAAAUAUAAGGCCAAAUGAAGUUGAUGCAGUGAUAUCAGCUGAAAUCCCUAAUGUACAAGUAGAUCCUGGAUUGCAUGAGGUAGUUAUCAAAAACAUGAUACAUGGUCCCUGUGGAACUCUUAAUCAAAAUUCACCGUGUAUGAUGGAUGGUAAAUGUUCAAAACGAUAUCCACGGACAUUAAUAUCGGAAACAAUUACUGGUAAUGACGUUAUCCAUUGUAUCGUCGCAGAUCGACAGCAGACAAUGGAAAAUCAACAAUUGUCAAAUUAAAUCAACAAGAUAUUGAAAUAGAUAAUCGUUGGAUUGUUCCAUAUUCACCCAUUUUAUCAAAGACAUUCAAAGCACACAUCAACGUUGAAUCUUGCCAUUCAGUGAAAUCUAUUAAAUACAUUUGCAAAUAUGUAGC